UAGAGAGAGUGUGUGUCGACAACGAAAUAAGCAUACGUCGAUGCAAAUUUAAUUUAUGUGUUCAAACAUUUUUUUUAGUGUGUAUGUUAUUGCAUAUUUUCAUCGUAUGAUUUGUUUGCCAUUGCGAUGUGUUGCAAGAAAUGAAAAUUUGAUUGAAUUGUCAAAGCAACCGUGAAAAUGUGUAUGAAUUAAAUUCGUCAAUCAAAUUAUCCUUGAAAGUGAUGUCGUUGAUAUAGCUGCUUCAUACAUAGAUCAAGUAGUCAUAAUAAUUUGUAUGACAAAUAAACAAAAGCGAGCAGAUCAGACGAGAAAGCCAGUUUACAAUGAAUCCACAAUAUAUAUUGCAUUGGAGCUAUCGCGAUUUUCGUGAAUUUCCCAACGAAUUACUUGAACACAUUGAUACACUUGAGGAAAUUUAUUUGAAAGAAAAUUUUAUACCAACACUGCCACCGUGGCUAUUCCAGUUCGUUCAUUUAAAAUUUAUUCAAAUCAGUGGUAACUUAUUGCAGAACAUACCAAGUGAUAUUAGCGAAUUGACAAAUUUGGAACAUUUAGACGUAUCGAAAAAUCAACUCAUCGAUUUACCCAAAGAAAUCUAUGACCUAAAUAAAUUGCAAUAUCUAAAUGUUAGUGACAAUGAAAUCACCUCGGUGGACAAAGCCAUCGGUGACAUGAAAUCAUUGGAGACUCUUAACCUUGAGAAAAAUCAUUUGACAGAAAUUCCAUUGGAAAUAUCAAGAUCAACUACUCUCAAUGAAUUGUUCCUUAGUGAUAAUAACAAUCUCACAGAGAUUCCAACAAAAAUAAUGGCAAUGCAAAGUCUUCGAGUGAUGGAAGCUGAACGCUGCAGGUUGGAGUAUUUACCAGGAAUGGUUGGUAUAAAUUUGAGUCACAUCCGAAUUUUCAACAAUCCACGAUUAACGCAUUAUCCAACUGUCUAUGAGAAAUUUCUUCGUCUUCACUAUGAUUAUUGGUCGGAGAAUGUUGUCAGUGCCGAUUUGUUAAUGAUUUUUUUGCCGGAUGAAAGUAAAAGGACGAUUGUUCCAAGGCAAGUGGAAAAAAUUUGCUCCGGCAACAAUCCAAACAGUUUGUCUGAAUAUUGUCUGAGAAGCUUAUAUGAGAGUCGAUCGUUAUAUGAGAUUGUGUGUGUUAAACUACCAUCAGACGGCUUACCGAAGAACGUAUUUCAAAAUGUGAUGUGCGGUCCAAUUUGUCGAUGUGGCUAUAGUGAAUGCAAUAAGCCUUUGUUCACCGAAUGCCAUUUUUCACUCAUGAAGAAAAAUCACAGUCCAUCGCAUAUUAUUUUUAGCAAUAUGUUCUGUUCAGAAACCUGUCGCACCAAAUGGCAUGACGAUCAUAAAGCGAAAUACCAUCCCAUCGGUUGGAUUCAACAGUUCCACUGAAUUUGAAGCCGAUAAACAAGCCGAUAUUUUAGUUGAUUUUUGCAUGGUCGUAAAUGAAAAAUAUGUGAUAGUAUUAUGAAGCCAAUGAGGCACGCGCUAAACACUGUACCUUCAAUUGAAUUGAUGUAUUGAAUAAUAUAAAUCAUGUACAAAUAAAAAUGUAAUUACCGAAAA